AUGGCUGUGGAUGCGUAUUGGCGCUCAGUAGUCCGUCACCAAUGGCUGCCGAUAGCUAUUGGCGGGUUCGUCGUGCUGCUGCUCGUGUGCGCACCGCUGCUGCUCGAGCCGACUCGCCAGCUCCCCAUCAUGCAAGUACCGCCCGAUCCCGCCGCUGCCUCCGCCACACCGCUCAACCACUCCCCAGAACCAGGAGCUAUGGCGCUUGCGUCAGGGCCGGAAUCAGGAGCUCUCGCGGGUGACAUCGCCAUCCCGCAGGCAGGCAGCGGCGAGUCGGAUCUGAGCAGAGCGGACAAUCCCGAGGGGAUCCCGCGACUCGAGGGCAGGGAAUCAACGCGACUGCCAGUCGAUGCGUCUCAACACAUCUGCUGGACCUCAG